GCUGGGUCAUCAGGUCCUCCGAAGAUGGCGGAAACCCUGCUUGAUAUCAUGAGGGACGAGGAGGUCGGCGGCAUUGGUGCCGGCGGCGAUGAUGGUACCGGUGGCGACAGCAGUAGUGACGACUCCUGCGACACAGAACACCCUUCCAGCAACAACGGCGCGGCAACCGGAAGCUCAGCGCGCACGGCGCUUGAUGUACCGGUACUUCCUGUUGUGAUGGGCAAGGGUAACACGGCGUCGAGGGCGAAAUCUCCAUCCCCAACGCCGCAGCAGUCGGUGGCGUCCUCCGCGACCCAGAGGUCCCUCAAACGCAACCAGAACAAGCCGUACUCAACGUGGCCUGUCAGCCUCCUACAGAUCGCUAUCCAGGCGCGAGGUGAGACCCCGGCCUCCAAGCCCCUAACGGCGUCACCAGAGACCGUCGAGGUUCCGGAGGCCUUGGUUAUGGCUGUGCGUAGCGCCAUUCGCAGUGGGGCGAGCAUUAACCCGAAGAAAAUGAUGGACUGGGAAGAGAAUGCCUACCUCGCCAGUCGCGUUUUGGAGGAAGAGNAGCCCCUAACGGCGUCACCAGAGACCGUCGAGGUUCCGGAGGACCUGGUUUUGGCUGUGCGUAGCGCCAUUCGCAGUGGGGUGAGCAUUGACCCGAAGAAAAUGAUGGACUGGGAAGAGAAUGCCUACCUCGCCAGUGGCGUUUUGGAGGUGAUGGCGGAUGAAGACAGCGCGUCAGGGGCCGGUGUCACCACCGCCGACCGAAGGAAGAGCAAGCAUUGCGUCCCCCGGGCGGUGGAGCUGAUGGUCGCCGAGCGCUUCAGGGAGCGCCUUGCCGCGAGCAGGACGCAGUUGUCUAGGACGGAGCUCGACAAUAAGGAGACGGGCAGCAAGCGGUCGGUAUACUUUGAGCUAUGGAAGGACUUCAAGGACACGGACGUGGAGAUCGACCCGAACACAGUCCAUCAGCCCGACAUUUCGUACGACAAGUUCAUGAACAUGGCGAAAGAGAUUAACAAGGACUAUGGCGACUGCCACCACAACAUGAAGAAGUCUGGGAGUCACGACGAAUGGUACUCCUUCUGCCUUAGUAAGGCCGGAUUAUACAAAUAACGUCGAUCAAACAUUCCUCAACCACGGCACACUUCAAUCAAUCACAAGCAAGGGACUUGCCUUGUACCAACAGGUGUUGUGUUACUGCGAUAAUAAGCACCGGUCAUGGUCAUUCGAAACUUGGUUCGAGAAAUGAGUACUGUUCGGGCUCUUCGCCCUUGUUAGUUUUGGGUCAUGUAAUGUCCAAGUGUUCCUCUGUUGGUCGUGAACGCCCGACAAAGUACAGCCCCCCUUCCCCCCCCCGUCCUACGGUGGUUCCCCCAUUCACAAAGGAUUUCAGUAAUAUGCCUUUGAAAAACCCGAUUUUUCUUCAUGCUGGCGAUGCAUCGAUAACACCAGUACGUUCCUCCCACAAAUACGUGUGCGCUCUAAAUGACAUCAGCGGGUAGUACGUUUCCGCUUGCAGGUUCCAGCACGACGAUAUACUUUCGUGGUGACGUCCACUUCCGCUCAAUGUCACAUUAUUGCCGUCUAGCGAUC